GAGAUGCAUGCCUUUUGCACUUGACACUUUCUUUGAUUUGCAUGUUUGACUCUGUGGAAUCUUCACAGAUAUCUUGUCCCAUAAUUUAUGCUCUGUUGCACAUUCUGUCUCUUUAAAUUCAUUGAGAGUCAUCCACAAAGAUCAGUUAAGAUGAUACAGCCAUCGACAAUUCGUGUAAGUUUCUUUUGAGGAUGUUGAUCGUUUUUAAAGUUUUGCUUUUCUUGAGUCUUUUGGAAAUUUUGGAGUGCUCUAAAGUUUUACCUUUUGUAACAAAGUCCCCUCAAAAGAAGGAAAAUAUCUCGGAAGGAAGUGAAUCUCUUGUUGACCUUAAAACGAGAUAUGGGCUAAAAUAUAAGCCUCCAAAUCGACGAUUGGAUGUGAUUUCUGAAGAUAAUGGGGAAUUUGCGAAUUUUGAAGAAAAUGAAAUUUAUUCUGAAAAUCGAGUCACGUCGUCAUUAAAUCAAGUUUUUAGUUAUAUUUUGGCCAGAUUGGGAAGCCUUUUUAGAAGAUACCAAGCAACGGAAGCCAAGGGCUUUGUUAAUAAACCUGGAAGGAGAUUCUUGAAUCUAUUUAACAUAGUGAGGUUUCCCAAUGAACCCUGCGCCACUUCUAAUAAAAGCCUCAGACAACUCAAUGGGACAUGCUAUCAUCAGCUGGAGUGUGAACAAUUGGGUGGAGUGGGAAUUGAGAACUGUGCUAAUGGAUUUGGCGUUUGCUGCAUCUUUCAAUCAGGUUGUGGUGGAAAAACUAAUCGGGAAGUGAGUUACUUUGAGAAUCCCGGAUUUCCAAAACCUAUUACGGACCGUAUGGCCUGCACAAUGACUGUGGAUCUACUCCCUGGAGUCCAGCAAGUUCUCCUUGAAUUUCCUUUUUUCGAACUCCGCCCUCCGACUGAAGGCUUCUGUGCAGACGAUCAAUUUGUGGUUUCUGGCCACAACCUUAAUACCUUCGUCCCUGUGAUUUGUGGAGUGAACACUGGACAACACAGUGAGAUGCAGAAAUAUAUUAAAUGUUAGAGAAUAUUCCCAGAACCUACUUGAUUUUCAUAAUC